UCUAAAAAUGGCGGAGUCGGAGGAGGAGGUGGACGUCCUGGUCCAGAGAGUUGUCAAAGACAUCACUAAUGCCUUCAAGAGAAACCCCAACAUUGACGAGAUCGGCGUGAUCCCAUGUCCAGAGGCUCGUUACAACCGCAGUCCCAUCGUGUUGGUGGAGAACAAGCUGGGUGUAGAGAGCUGGUGUGUCAAGUUCCUGCUGCCAUAUGUCCACAACAAACUGCUGCUCUACCGCCAGCGCAAACACUGGCUGGACAGGGAAGCUUUAGUGGAUAUCACCUGCACACUGCUGCUGCUGAACCCAGACUUCACCACUGCUUGGAAUGUCAGGAAGGAGCUGCUGCAGUGCGGAGUUCUUAACCCAGAGAAGGACCUCUACCUGGGCAAGCUGGCCCUCACCAAGUUCCCCAAGAGCCCGGAGACGUGGAUACACCGACGCUGGGUGCUGCAGCAGAUCCUGCGUCAGGUGUCUGCUGUGGGCCGCAACAGGAAGCAGCAGCAGGGUGAAGUGGAGCAGGCUGAUGGAGGGAGGAGCCAGCAGCUCAGUGAUCACCUGGCCAGGACGCUCCACCAGGAGAUGAAGGUGUGCUCCGACGCCGCCUGCCGCUAUCCCAGCAACUACAACGCCUGGUCCCACCGCAUCUGGGUGCUUCAGCACAUGGCCAAUGGCAACGUCAAGGUUUUCCAUGAUGAGCUGUCCUCGAUGCGCCUCUGGGUGUCCAUGCAUGUGUCUGACCACAGCGGCUUCCACUACCGCCAGUUCCUGCUCAAGGAGCUGAUCACUGAGCUCUCCCAGACUCCAGCUUCCACCACCACCACCACCUGUUCACCGCAGCACCGUUCCAGCACAGACCCCAGCACCAGCCCCCUCCAUCACAGCCACGCCCAGGCUAACGGGGAGUUGUCAGGCGCAGAGGCAGCGGGGGAGGAGGAGAGGCAGCCCAGCUCCACCACGGUACUGCAGCUCUUCCACCAGGAGAUGGAGCUGUGCUCAGACCUGAUCCAGUCCUUCCCUGGACACGAGACCCUCUGGAGUCACAGGCGGCAUGUGUUUUACUUGUGGCACGACUGGAGGAUGGACCACCAGCACCACUGCAGUAGUAAUGGAGGCAGCCAGUCGGUCCACCUCAGCGACAGCGACCCCGACCUGACGGAGGGCGGAGCUCAGAGCUGCGCGGGGCGGGGCGACAGCGUGAACGGACAGAGGCAUGUUAGCGAACCUAUGGAGGUGGACAGGGCGUCCUUACCAGACCCGCGUGAUAGCAAGCGACUGAAGAGAGGCGUCCAGCUGCCGGCCCCCCCCACCCUGCCCUCUGAGCACAGCUUUGUAAGCGGCGUCCUGGACAGGUGCUCCAACCCCGAGCAGAGACGCUUCGCCCUGGCGUACAGGAAGUGGUUAGACACUGUCAUUGGUCAGCAGCCUUGAGACAGAGAGAGAACAGUUAGCCCCAUCCUGUCUUUACAUUGAAGUUGCCUUUAGACACAGAUGUAGGAUCAGCUUCCCCACUGUAGUGCUGACAGUAACUAAUAGUUGUUCAAAUGCAGUGUUGACUUUAGGAAGCCCAGGUUCUGUCCUGUCCUCCUGACAGUGAGUAGAGAGGAUGAGGAUGGGAUGUUCUUCCUCAGAAACAUCUGGAUUCUUUUGAGCUUCAUCUGAGCCAGUGCUCCUUCAGAAUGGAAAUCUGCACGCACGCACAUAUACACACACACACACACACACACAGACACACACACACACACACACACACACACACAGCGCUCUUAUUUCAGGUGUCUCGAUGCCUCAGGACAGUUUUCCACAGCUCAGCUUCACCCACACGUUACUUCACCUCUCCCCAGAUGUUUGAGCAGAGACGCUGAGUGAAGCUGCCAGAGGAGGAGGAGGAGGAGGAGGAAGAGGAAGAGGAAGAGGAAGAGGUAGAGGUAGAGGUAGAAGUUAAACAGGUCACACUUGUACGGAAGGGCCAAAAAGGCCAAUAUUAUAAAUAAAAAUAUUAUUUAAUAAAUAGAAUAUCCUUAAUUAUUAAGGAUUUAAAUUAAUUUAAAUAAAUAGUUAAAACUUGUUUGUUUCACCUCAUUAGAAUAUUUUCAAGGUUUAUUGGAGUCAAUUUUAAAAGUCUGUUUUCUCGGGUGAUUAGCUGAGAGCAGGAAUCAGCUCUAACGGAAGUGACACGAGUGUGAGCGGGAAAAAUUACAUUAUGAAAAUAAAUCUUUUAAAAAAGGUCAAUUUUUAGUAAUAUUGCUAAAAUGUUACCAGAAAAGUAUUUGUCAUUAAUUAGUUGGGUUUUAUAUACCUAUAUUUAUUCCUGUUUAUUUUUGAAUGUUUAAUAUUUUUAUUUUAUUUAUCGGCUCUUUUGGAAUCGAACAGAACGAUCGUGGCUCUGAUUAAACGUCUUGCAAUUGAUAUUGGAAGCUUUUGUUUUAGCUCCUCUUCAGAUGAACAUUUUGACAUUCGGUCCACCCCCCCACCCUUCGGUGCAGCGGUGGUCUUAAGCACAGCCGGACUCGGGGUUCCUCAGAUUUCCAUUCUGAAGCAGUAACCUGUAUUAACCCUUUCACCUGGUGUUCUCCUUCACUGAUCCUUGGUUUGCUGCUCAUGGUUCAUUUCUGGGUCAGUUAGUCCAAACAUGUAGCUGUGUGCUAAGUUACAGUAGCUCGCAACAGAAAUCCAAACAGCUUGUCACUAGCUAAAAGUCAGUCAGAGGUAAUGUACAGGUCUUUAACCUUCUGACAACCUGCAGCACUAAACACCUGAGCAGAGAAACGUUCAGUGGGACUGAUGUGACUUUGAAGGACAGAGUUCCCCAACAUCCACUGGUGCUACAUGCUGCCAUCACUACAGCUGUUACAGGUGUGUAGUAACAGGUGAAACUGAACAGCACUUUGGGCUAUUGAUGAUAAUAGUCUGUCAUUGUUUUCUUGGGUAUAACAACAAUAUUACAGGCCAAUAUUACAUUAGGCCAAGCUGCUUCAUGUCACUACAUUAUUAAAUAAUACGUGUAACAUCAUAAAGGUCAAAAUCUUCAUCAUGUGUUUGUGAUGAGGAAUUGGUUGUAGCACGCUGCAGCUGCAGGUGAUAGCUCCUCCCUCUACAAAGUGUCAUUAUACUGAGGGAGGACGAGUGGUACUCUGUGUCUGACACACCUGAGUUCACCUGAGGUCACCUGUGUUCCAGGUCAAAGCUAACUGGCUGCAGUUUGAACAGGAUCCAUCUUUGACUUUUUGUUUUGGGUUAUUACUAGUUUAGUCACAAGUGAACAAAUACAUGACUUGUUUCAUCAGUGUUGCCAUGGUCUUAUUUUAUUAUAUUAUAUUAUUAUAUUAUAUUAUAAUAAAGACAGAUUAGGCUGUGUCUGGUCUCAGUCUGGAGCCUGAACAGCUGAUCUCCCGUCACAGUCACCAUGAGCUUCCUCGUCACCCUCUCCAUGUUGUACUUAGCUUCUCUGAGAUCCGUCAUCACCUCAGAUCACUGUGUACAUGAUCAUAUAUAAUCUUCAAACUAGUAUUUUGAGCCAUGAAUCCUGUAGGUUUGGUGCAUAUCAUUAAGUGUACGUUGGGGUAUUUUAACAUCCUUACAAACCUAGAACACAAACUUUGAAUACAAGUCUAUCUAUGCAGAAACGUUUUUUAAUGGUUCUACAAGCUUUUAAAAGAAUAAUGUAGCUUCUGUUUUCUCAGAUUUCUUCUUCAGUCAAGGGUUUGUCCUUCAUGAAUAAUCCUGUGCAUCUCAUUCAUUCUCUAUUUAUUUAUAGAGUUAAAGUAUUUUAUCUUCACUCUCAGUGUUUGUCAACUGCUUACCAAGAGAAUAAAGCUCAUCUGGAAUAAAG